AUGGGCGUCGGCGCAUCCCUGCUCACGCCCUCCGUGGCCGUAGGCAUUGCCCUGUCAGGCAUCGUUUGGUGGGGCGGCUUGGGCAUGUGGGGGAGGUUAGAGUUCGCCGGGCAGGACAAGGCAGUGCUCAAGCGUGAGAGCUCUGCUGAGUCAGAUCUGCGCACAAGGCGGAGAAAGAAGAGAGAAGGCAAAGAAGGCAAGGAAGGUAAGAGGAGCGAGUCAGUGACCGCCGAAGAGUUGAUGAGAAUGGGAGUUUGCUAUGGCGAGCAGGGUCGGUUUGGGAAGGCCAUGGGCAAGUUCCUGGAAUCGAAGCGCGCUUUCGAAGAUGAUCGUGCCACCGAAUGCCCAGGGUAUGCAAACCUUCUAGCUCAGAUGGGCAUUUGGUAUGGCAUGCAAAACAGGAAGACUGAGGAGAUGCAGAAGUACACCGAGGCCCAGAAGGUGUACCGGAAGGAGGACGUUAGUGCCUCGCGAGAGUAUGCAGGGCUGCUCAAGAAUAUGGGCAUCUGGUACAUGGAGCAAGGAUUGCUCACAGAGGCCAUGGAGAAGUAUAAGGAAGCAGAGGCCCAGUAUGUGUCUGCCGGCGCCACUCGAACAACCAACUACGCAGGCCUCCUCACCAGCAUGGGCAAGUGGCUCGUGCAGCAGGGCUGUGAGGACGAAGCGAUGGCCAAGUUUGUGAUCGCCAGGCACACCUACGAAGCGACGGAAAACAACCGCACUUCACCAGCCUAUGCUGGGCUUCUGAUGAGCAUGGGCAGCCUCUAUCGUCGCAGGAAAUCCUUCGUCGAAGCCAUGGAGCUCUUCAACCUGGCCCAGAUGGCCUUGGAGUGCGCGGAGGCAACUAGCAACAUGGACUACCUGGGGCUGCUGGUUCACAUGGCAAACUCCUUGGCCGAGCAGGGUGACACCGAGUCGGCGCUGCUCAAGUUUUCCGAAGCGGCUGCUGCCUUUCAGGCCGCAGAGCGCACCGACACGGAAGAGUACGCGCGGCUCCUGCAAGGGAUGGCUUCGCUUUAUUCACGGAUUGGCCUGGUGGACGAGGCCAUGGAGAAGAUGCUCCAGGCAAAGGCCGCCUUUGAGGCAGUCGGCACCUCCGGCUCCAGCUCGUACGCGCUCCUCCUGCGGAGCAUGGCCUCCUGGUACAGAUGUCAGGGCGAAGAGGCCAAGGCGCAGGAGCACUACAUGCUGGCCUGCCGUGCCUGUGAGGCUGCCGGCGCCCUCCGGACACCCCUCUACGCGAGCCUCCUGACAAAUCUGGGUGCCAACUUCGCCGAGGAGGGGCGCUUCGAAGAUGCCUUGGCCAUGUACGCCAAGGCUCGCAACGUGUAUCAAGCCACCGGCUCUCUUCAGAGCAUCCACUACGCACGGCUGUGCUUCGACAUCGCCCUCGCAACCGAAGGGCUCGCAGCGAGUCACGCCGUCCCGCCAUUGAAAGGCGUCACAGGCAGCGUGGAGGAGAGUUUUCAGGCUGCCAAGGAGGCCUUCGAGUCCGCAGGCGCCACCGAUUCGGAGGACUUUGCAGAUCUCCUGGAGCACCUGAGUCUGCUGAAGAGUCCUUCAAGCCCAAGUGUGCUCAACAUGGACAAGGAGGUCACCUCCCCGAACACGUACGAGACAGCAGAUUUUUGCCAUCUGCCUGGGGCCUAUGGCAAAGUCCAGCUCCCGUCAGUCAGCCCAAGUAGCGCUCUGCAACCCUGUGCAGUAUCCGCUUGGUCUCCUCUGGAGAUGAAGUCGGGUCUUUUGGCUGCCAGGUGA